AUGGAUGAAGAAGAGGACUAUAAGUUUGCAUCCUGUACCUACUUCGCAAGGAACCAUCCAGGCGAAACUUGUGGUAGCAAUGGAUUACCGCUUACACCGAGUUCUGUAACAAUAUUGGGUCGAGCUCAGCGGCUAUUAACUAUAGAACACAGAAACCUAUGCACGUAUCUUGAUAUAAUCCGGGGAAAACAUGAAAGGAUAAUUGUGGUUGCUGAAGUAAUAGGAAAAUCAUUAGCAGAACACAAAUCAAAAUUUUCAAUUCAGGAAGUUAUAAGCAUAGGAGUUCAAAUAGCUAAUGCUUUAUGUUAUCUCCAUCAGCAAGGAAUAACGCAUAGGGCACUCUCUGAUGAUAAUAUUUUAAUAGAUAGUUGUGGUAGAGUAAAAUUGUACAAUUAUGGAAUGUACUAUAUGACUGACGGAGGCAAAGAAGUACCAUUUCCUCUGGGACUUCCACGCUACCUAAGCCCUGAAACCAUAUUGAAUGGUGCUGGACCGUCAGCAGAUAUAUGGAGUUUUGGUAUAAUUCUGUUGGAGCUGUGCAUUGGUAAAUUAUGGAGUACUUUGAAACCUGGUCCAAUAUUAAGAAGAAUACUUACACUCGUCCAUGCCAAUAACCCAGCAGAGAGGAUUGCUAGAGAACAUGACUGCUAUGAUUCUUAUAAGGCACUGCCAGAAAAUAUUAGAGAUGUCAUAGAGAAAUGCCUUACAAUAUAUCCAAGUGAACGAUCUACAUUUUCUGAGAUCCUUGGAGUUUUAAAGAAGAUUAACAAUCAAAAACCGAUAGAUCUUAAAAUACCAAGAGGUUUAUUAGGAUGUAAGUUACAAUAUCUUUACCACUGGUGGCAAUUGGCUGGUGGUGAUAUCAUUUCAGAGCUAAAAAGAAAUGGUUUAAUCAAAAAUAGUCCGCCAAUUUUGUCUAUGCCUGUUGCAAUACUUCUAGACGGCUGCACCAUAGGUGGCAAAAAGAAUGCUCUAUUUGACAGACGGAUAGCCAAAUAUAGUUUACAAAUAUUAAAAAAUCGCUUAGCACAUAUAUCACCUCAUGAUUUCUACCCUCUUAUGCAUGAGAAACGUAAAGAGUGUGACACUGUAUCAUUACCAAAGAUUAUUCGGGAGAGAGAUACUGAAUAUCAGUUUUAUAGACUACUUUGGUUUCAAAGGCUUCUUCAUGGUUACCCAUACACAUCUCAAUAUAUAAGGGCCCAAGCUGAAGUCGACAUACCUCCAUUGGUCCGGGGCGAUGUAUGGGCCGCGUUAUUGGGCGUUUUUGGAGAUAUUGAAGAUCAGUAUGAAAGGAUUGAUAAGGAGACACCUACGCCGACUGACAGACAGAUUGAUGUGGACAUUCCCCGCUGUCACCAAUACUGCUGGUUGUUAUGUGGUCGCGCCGGGCAUAGAACCUUAAAGCGUUUGUUAAAAGCCUGGUUGUUAACCAACCCGCAAUAUGUUUAUUGGCAAGGAUUAGAUUCACUGACCGCACCAUUCUUAUACUUGAACUUUUGCAAUGAAGCCCGUGCGUUCGCCUGUCUGUCGGCAUUUGUUCCCAAGUUUUUACACAAAUUCUUCUUGAAGGACAAUAGUGCUGUUAUCAAGGAAUAUUUAGCGAAAUUUUGGCAAAUUACGACGUUUCAUGAACCAGAAUUGGCGGCGCAUUUACACGAUAUUAACUUUGUGCCAGAGCUUUUCGCUAUUCCGUGGUUCUUAACUAUGUUUUCACACGUUUUUCCCCUUCACAAGAUCGUGCACCUAUGGGACGCUUUGUUAGUGGAAGGGCCACAACUCCCACUAUUCAUGGGUCUUGGGAUAUUACGCCAAUUGAGGGACACUCUUCUCGAUUCGGGAUUUAAUGAAUGCAUUUUGCUUUUCUCGGAUCUUCCUGAGAUAGAUAUUGGGGAGUGUGUUAAGGCGUCAAUCGAAAUGAGUCGAAACACACCACGCAGUAUUAGCUAUAGAAGAUUCACUAACGAACCAGAAAUCAAGGAUCCUAUGGACGUUGUAGAAGUACCCAUGGAGGUAUUGUUGGCCGAAAUUUGCCCACGAAUCAGUCUGACGGAUUUCUUCUCGCUCACCUGUCAGGAGAAAUGCUGCGUAGUGGAUAUAAGAUCGAAUUUACUUUACGAGAAGAGUUGCAUAGAAGGCAGUAUCAACGUGCCCUACAGUGGAGUUCACUUGGGGCAGCAUGAGCUUAGAGCACUAGGCUUGCAUCCGUCCAAAGUGCUUACUAAUGUCAUAGCUCAGAAGAAAACUGUCAUCGUUGCCUCAGCUGAGGAUGAGACUGCUCAAUUGUUCAGCGAAUACUUGGUGAAAUGCAAAGUCCCCAGGGUGUGCAUUCUUCAUGGUGGCGUAUCGGCUUUACAAUCGCACGUACCCUCGCUGUUCACUGUGCCGCCUAAACGGAAUGGUCAUAAAUAG